AUGGUCUGUGCCCGCAGCGGAGGCUACCUUUCUGCGGAUCAAACACCUGCUGCGCAUCAGUCCAUCACGGACAAUUUGCGGCCGACAGGACGCCGCUUCGAUGCGCUCAUGUACACGUUCAUGGGCGGCGACGCGGAGUACAGCGUGAACACGCAGCGGUGUACGCCAGGAAUGCUAACGGCGUCCUUGGGCUGCGUCUACCAGUGGAAUCAGGGCGCCUUCGCUGACCCGCUGGUCAGGGGCCGCGGUGCCUCGUUUUACAGGGGCUCACGGUUUAACGUCCCGGGCAACGGCCCGAUGAACGGGUACACGCCUCACUGGGCCGUUAUUAACCCUUAUUUCGGCCAGCCUUAUGUGCUAUCGCGUCUGCGUGUGAAGCAUCCAGCGGAAACGAUAACUUGGCACGACGCAGCAGAUAAUCCAAGGCUCACUCCUAUAAGGGCCAAACAACUCUUUGGCGUUGUCUGUGAGGUGCAGGAUGCGAUCACCACCACCACCACCACUACCACCACCACGAGGCCGCCAACCACCACCACGACGAGGCCGCCAACCACCACCACGACGAGGCCGCCAACCACCACCACCAGACGAGGCCGCCAACCACCACCACGACGAGGCCGCCAACCACCACCACGACGAGGCCGCCAACCACCACUACCACCACCACAAGGCCGCCAGCCAACACAACUAAGUUGGCGCCGGAGGAGGUGGUGGUCCCGUGGGCGAAGAAGCACUGGUAUGUCCUUAUUCUUGCAGUCGUGCUGCCGCUUAUUGCGGCUCUUGCACUGA